UUUCUUUUGUUUAUGCUUGAACACAACCAGGCACGGGAUCCUCCGACAGAAAGAUGGUGGUUACUGGAGACGAUUGUCGUGACAGUGCGAAAGCAAAUGUUACAGAAAACAUGGAAAACAGCCAAUCCGACGUUGAACUCGUUCCGAGAACCGAACAAAAUAUCGACGAGAGUAACGCAGAAAAUGACGAACAAAGAAGAAAGCCCCAGCCAUCACGUUUAGAAUCGUUCUUUGCUAUAACAAAAUCAUUAAUCAUACGAGCCCUUAUAAUUUAUUUUAUUAGUAGCUUAUUUAGACGCCCUGAUAAUAAUCCCAAGUCUCCCAAUGCUAUUAGUGAUACACAUUCACAAGCUGUAAAUAUAUUUACCAAUGGGACAUUGUUUGAUCUUAGUAUUUACCUGUCAGAAGCUGAAAAUUUUAAACAGUUCAAUGAUCCACGAGCCUUAAUUUGGUUCGAAGAAGGACUGAUUUAUGGAGAUUGGUAUAGCGGACCGAAUCAGGAUGGGUCCAGAACUUUUGAAUAUUCGUUUGUUCCUUCAGAACGUUUAAAACAAAAUGGCUCUAUUUAUCUUCACAUAUACAUAACAAAAAAUGGAAAAUCGCCAAAUCCCAAAGCGGGCAAAGGAAUUUAUGCUGGCGAUUAUAUGUCCUAUUCAAGAAAAAUGUUAAACAAGUUUAAAAGAAUUAGAUAUCAGAAGAGGCACAACUUAUUAACUGGUGAAAGUACUGCUAGUAAAGAGGAGAUAGCAAAAGCUGAGUUGAUGGAUCAAGAAUACGUGUCACACUGGCAUCCAAAUUUAACAGUUAAUUUAGUGAUUGAUCAAACUAAUUGGAUGUUUGGCCAAGUACCGCAACCAUUGGAUGAAUAUGUACAUUUCUUACCUGGUGGAAAUGCAUAUAAGCCAAUAAUAUAUACGAAUGAUUUCUGGAAUAUGCAACGAGAUUAUCAGCCAUUGAAUAAUACUGUAGAACAAUUAGAACUCAGAUUGACUUAUCAGCCACUUUCAUUAUUUAAGUGGCAAAUUUAUGCAGCCCAGUCUGGUAGAAAUAAAUGGACAGCAUCGCUUAUGGGAGAAGCCUCUGAUGAGGAUGAUAACGAUCAAGAUACCUUAAAGGAAACUUUACUGGAAACAAAUCCAUAUCUACUAGGAUUGACUAUAAUUGUGUCAAUUUUACAUAGUGUAUUUGAAUUUUUAGCAUUUAAAAAUGAUAUUCAAUUUUGGAAUAAUCGGAAGUCUUUAGAAGGUCUGUCCGUUCGUUCUGUAUUUUUCAAUGUAUUCCAGUCUCUCGUCGUUCUUCUUUAUGUUCUGGACAACGAGACGAACACAGUUGUACGCAUCAGUUGCGCGAUAGGUUUAUGCAUCGAAGUAUGGAAGAUAAACAAAGUUAUAGACAUUAACGUCAAUAGAGAAGUGAAAGUACUUGGAGUCUUUCCAAAGAUAUCAUUCCAAGAUAAGGGAUCAUACGUGGAGUCUUCUACAAAGGAAUACGAUAGACUUGCCUUUAAAUAUCUCUCAUGGGCUUUGUACCCUCUGUUAGGUGGAUACGCGAUUUAUUCUUUAAUGUACUUGGAACAUAAGGGAUGGUAUUCUUGGAUUCUCAGUAUGUUAUAUGGAUUUUUGUUGACCUUCGGAUUUAUCAUGAUGACGCCACAGUUGUUUAUCAAUUACAAAUUGAAGAGCGUCGCGCAUCUUCCGUGGCGUAUGCUAUCGUACAAAUUCCUGAAUACGUUCAUCGACGAUAUCUUUGCAUUUGUGAUAAAAAUGCCAACCCUGUAUAGAAUCGGCUGCUUCCGCGACGAUAUUGUUUUCUGCAUAUUUUUGUACCAAAGAUGGAUAUACAAGACCGAUCAUACUAGAGUGAAUGAAUUCGGGUUUUCCGGAGAGAUGGAAGCACAACUGGCGGAGAAUAAGAAACAGGUAGCAAUUAAUGAUCGUCCGAAAGAGGAGCUAGCAAAAAAGAACGAAUAAUAUUGUGAUGUUUAAGUUUAGCAUCAAACAUAAAUACGUUAUAUCCUGCGUUGUUUCCGAGAAUUAAUAAAAUCGUCCGAUACCAAAAUAAUAUAAUUUCACACAUUUACAUUUAUUUAUACAAAUUUCCGCAUAUACUUGUGUGUAUGUGUGUGUGUACAUGUAUAUUCUAUUGAAGUUUCCGAAUCCACAUAUGCUAUAUGAGCAUACUGCGAUGUGCAUUGUGAAGCAAAAUAGCGAACAAUUUCUGCUGAAAACGUCUCGAUUCUUUUUCUAUGCAAAUUUAUGUACAAACAAUAAUGUAUUACGAAAAGAUCAAAGUUAUCAAACGAGCUUUCAUGAUGUAUAUCUCAUAAUCUCUUAUAUAAAAAAAUAAAUGUAGAUUGUAUGCUCAGUAGCAUUUGACAUUCGUGUAAAUGUCUAACUGUAAAGUGAAUAUUCGCAACUGAAUAUACUGCGAAAAACAUCAUCCUAUUAGUUUCGAUAUUUAAUCAAACACACAUGAGAACCUUAAUGCGUAUGACGAUUUCAGACAAUGUUAGUAUAAUCAUAUUAUCGGACGAGAUGUUGCUCUACGAAAUAAAAUUAGUUUAAUUAUUACAUA